GAGACUUUGAAAAAGACUCGAUUAAGCUUAUAACUUUUUGAUGACUUUUCAACAGUCUGUUUUUAUGAACAAUUAUUAUAAUCCGAUUGAUGGCAAGCAGUAUAAAUAAUUGUAAUAUUUUUGUUGUUUUUUUUUCAAGCCUUUGGUAAGCUUAAAAUCAGCAAGAUCGCCUGAUGCAGAUCGUAUCAUACUUAGACGCUUACUGACACUUAUCACACAACUGAGAAUAGUUAAUUAGUUUAUUCACUUUUUUCAAUCGUCUGUUGAAAACAGUUGCCAUUUAUAAAUAGCCAAGACUGGCAAAAUCAAUAAUUUUGUUUAACGUUAUUUAUUCGUUGCAUGACGUUUACUUAGACGCUUACUGACAAUUAAUCACCCAAUUCAGAGUAGUUAAUUGGUUGGUUCAGUUUUUUUCAACCAUCUGUUGGAAACAGUUGCCAUUUAUAAAUAGCCAAGACUGCCCAAAUCCAUAAUUUUGUACACAAUCAUUUACUCGUCGUAGCACAGAAAAGAAACAUGUCGGUUGAACUAAGUCAAACGGAUCAACAGGAGUUUUUCCAGAGCCAAAAUGACAGGGCUACCAGAAGAGACCUCCCAGCGUCUGCGUUUCAGUCACUGGAACGACAAUUGACUCUUCUCGCCUCGACUAUCAUUGUCGGACCCGACUCUAUCCGGUCGGGGGGUGGCCGCAGACCGACUAUUGUCAACCAAGGACUGGAAGUUGCGGAGGGUGAACACCAGAACUACGGGAUGAUUUCAAUCGAGAUGCCUCCCGGCUGUUCUCAAAAUAAACUGCCCCCCUUUGUGAGGUCACGCGCCGACUCCAUUGCGAAUGCAUUCAAGUUCAACUACACCACUCAACCAUGCAUGGUUCUGGGUAUUGAUCAACAGCAGGAGUUUGCUUCCAGGGUUCCCAAGCCCAGCCGCGAGUUCCUGAAAGUCAUCGAUGAGUUCCGAUUCAACCAGGAGACAAUCGAGGAAGAGGAGGAAAAGGAGAGAAAAAUCAGUCUGGGACUGAUGUGAAGGUCAAGCUAAGAUGUACAUAGAAAAAAGAAAAAUGAAAACAACCAAAAGACAAUUCAUUUGAUUUUGGAAAAACUAUUUACCAUCUAGAAUGAAGUUUUGAUUUUUCUUUUCGAAACGGCGCACGCUUGAAGAGGGUUGUGGACUGAUGACACUGUAAAUAUGUUGAGGAACUGUAAACAAGACUGCUCACUCGUAUAUCUGCACGAAGCGACAAAUGUUCCUUCUGCCCUUCAGGCUAAUUAAUGAGAUUUUGGAAUGAAUAACUGACGAA